UCAUUGAGGCAUUGACUAUUCACUGUUUUUGGGGUGGUGAGAUAAAGCUACUGCCUACUAUUACAAUUAGUAGAUGACAACAUUUAAUAAACUUCUCAUUCAAUUUUCUCCCUUAAAUUCUCGUGUUCGUCUGAAAUCCCCAUGUUUUUUCUUUCUCUCUCCUCGAACCAGCUCUUCGUAUUGGCUAUCUCACUCUCAAUUUUACUCAACUUCGAGCUCAAGCUCAUUUAUGGAGGUGGUCAAAGCCAUUGCGAAACAGGGUUCUGCUGCCAGUAACAGUGUCGCUGUAAGAGCUGAUAGAAAAAGUUACAGCUACAGGCAACUCAUCUCGUCUGCAGAAAAGAUAUCCAGCCUUUUGCGUACUAGUGACUCCCAAAGUAUUUCUGAAGGAAGACAGCUUGAGCAUUCUUUGGUUUCUGUUGAUGGCCAUAAAGACGGUGGAUCUCUUGAUGGAACUCGAGUCGGAAUUAUAGCCAAGCCUUCAGCUGAGUUUGUUGCGAGUGUACUUGGGACAUGGUUGAGUGGAGGAGUAGCUGUUCCACUUGCACUCAGCUACCCAGAGGCUGAGCUGCUGCAUGUCAUGAAUGAUUCCGAUGUCUCCAUAGUAUUGAGCACUGAAGAUCACCAAGAGCUUAUGGAAACUGUUGCUUCCAAGAGUGCUGCUCAAUUUUCUCUUAUUCCUUCAAUUCCAAGUAUGACAUCAGAAACUAAUCCCAAUGGUCAUUCUGAAAGUGAAUACCCAAAUGAAAACACAAGUUUGAAGGAAUUUGAAAUCCCAACUAAGAUAGAAGGUGGGGACAAUGCAGCAUUAGUUAUCUACACUAGUGGAACAACUGGUAAGCCAAAAGGUGUCGUUCACACGCAUCGAAGCGUGUUGGCACAGGUCCAAAUGUUGACAGAAGCUUGGGAGUACUCUUCUUUGGAUCAUAUUCUACACUGUCUACCUUUGCACCAUGUCCAUGGUCUUUUCAAUGCUCUAUUAGCUCCCAUGUAUGCAGGCGCAACAGUUGAGUUUAUGGCAAAAUUUAGUGUCAGCGGCAUCUGGCAGAGAUGGCGUGAAUCAUACCCAAAGGAUGGGAUAAAAGCUGAUGAUGCUGUGACUGUGUUCACUGGUGUUCCGACAAUGUAUACUAGAUUAAUACAAGGUUUUGAAGCAAUGGACUCUGAUGUACAGGUUGUAUCAGCCUCAGCUGCAAGCAAGUUGCGACUCAUGAUGAGUGGCUCCUCUGCCCUCCCUUAUCCUGUUAUGCUGCAGUGGGAAACAAUUACAGGGCAUCGCCUUCUGGAACGCUAUGGCAUGACUGAGUUUGUCAUGGCAAUUUCUAAUCCCUUGCGAGGCAUGAGAAAAGGAGGCACUGUUGGCAAACCAUUUCCUCGUGUAGAGGUCAAGAUUCUUGUAGAAGAUGGCAGCGGAAAUGAUACAACAGGCGCUGGUGAGCUGUGUGUAAGAAGCCCUUCAUUGUUUAGGGAGUACUGGAAAUUACCUGAGGUAACAAAACAAUCAUUCACUGAUGAUGGGUUCUUCAAGACGGGUGAUGCUGUCACAGUGGACGAGGAUGGAUAUUACAUAAUUUUAGGAAGGACAAGUGCUGACAUCAUGAAGGUUGGUGGCUACAAAUUGUCUGCAUUAGAAAUUGAAGCAGCUCUUUUAACGCAUCCUGCCGUUUCAGAGUGCUGUGUAUUAGGCCUGCCAGAUAAAACCUAUGGAGAAGUCGUAUGUGCAAUAAUUGUGCCACCUGAGGAAAAUAAGAGGAAACAGGAGUUAGAGUUGAAGCCUGCUUUAACCCUGGAAGAAAUAUGCUCAUGGGCAAAGGACAAGCUUGCUCCUUACAAGCUACCGACUCAAUUACAUCUUUGGGAAAGUCUGCCUCGUAAUGCUAUGGGAAAGGUGAACAAGAAAGAAUUGAAGAAAGUAUUAGUUGCUGAAGGAUAAUAACUUCACUUAGAUCCCGGUGAUAGCUAGCACUAGCAGUUCUGGAAGCAUUCUCAGUAGGUUCAAGUUAUAAAGAAGAAAAGCUCACAUUCUUUAGCACAAAAUAGAAUACCAUGUUAUAUCAAAUGACCUUAAAAAAAUCAUGUUGGACCAUUAGCUUUAUCAGAAUCAUAUUUGUAUCAUGACCUCAGAAAUUUCAUAGAAUAAUCCAUUCAUCUGCUUACUAUAUAAUAUGGUUUCAGCUUAUUUAAUAAGCUCUUUCA